AUGGACCCGGCGGCGUACGACGAGGGCGCGUACCGCGCCGAGCUGCUGCGCAAGACGCGCGCGAGCGAGACGAUCGUGUACCAGGCGGUCUUCGCCCCGGAGAAGGUCUCGGGCGGCCAGAACGUUCUCGUGGCGGCGACGAGCUCGGGGCUGCUCCACGUCUACCAGCUCGGCCGAGUCAUGACGCCCGCGCACUGGGACCAAGUGGGGCGCGGCGAGGCGACCGCUUUCCCGGGACCAACCCUCUCGUUCCAGGCGCAUCCGACGCAGAUUUACUCGCUCCGUUUUGCUGGAGAUGACACGGACCCGUUGCUGAUUAGUGGAGGAGACCAGGACUUUCGGGUGUGGAGGUGGAAGGACAUCCUAGCGGCGGUGGAGCACCCGGCGAGCGCCAAGAAGCUGCAACCGGUGCAUGUGGACCACUUGAAGCGGCGGACGCUGGGCUUCCGAGGAGCUCUGCUGCCGGCCUCCGAGGUGAACGAUGUGGCUGUGAGCAAGACCUCGGGGCACCUGUUCUUGGCUGGAGGAGACAGCGUCGCGCACGAGUGGGACGUCGCGACGCAGCAGUUCACGCGCCGGUUUGAGGGACACGAAGACUACUUGCACGCUGUGCGCCACCUGCAGCAUUCGCAGGAGCUGGUGACGGGGUCGGAGGACGGAACGCUCGGCAUCUGGGAUUUGCGCCAGGAGAAGAAAGUGGAGCUCCUUCGGCCUCAGCCGGCGACUCAGUCGUCCUCGACACCGUCGCUAUGGGUUGGCGCAGUUGCGCACGAUGAGUCCGAGAUGUGGCUGGCAUGUGGUGGUGGCAGUAAACGAUCUCCUGGAGGCGGAUCUCGUCCUGGAGGAUUUCUUGGUAUGUGGCAUCUGCCCUCCCGUGUGCCUGUGCACUACACGCAGACGACGAGCGAUGUUCACGACGUCGUCUUCCACCACAUGGAGCUGCUGAGCGUCGGGAACGAUGCUAGCUUGAAGAAGUGGAACCGCAGCUCGGGUCAACUCCUUGCGGCUGCUCGAUCGACGCUGCCCUCCUGUCACUUUUGCGUCGUGGACCACGCUACGGACGUCAUUGCGGUGGGCGGUGCUGCCCCCGCGAUCGACAUCUACACGAUGCCUGGUGUCGUCAGCUUCUCGCUGGUUGUCGAGGACGAGGGGGUUGUCCACUAA